AAUAAAAUGGCGGGCCGGAAAUGCAAAUCUUCAUUCAAAAUAGACUCUCUCUCUCUCUCUCUCUCUCUCUCUCUCUUUUGCUGUUAACGCUGUCUCUGUCAGUGUAGAGAUGGAGAGCAAAGCAGAGGAAUCGAUACGGACGAGAAUGGAGUCACUACGAAUGGCCUGCGACAGAGAGAUCUCGCUUCACCAGCAGAAAACCGACGCGUUCAUGGCGUCUUCCCGCGAAUCCCUGUUAGUCACACGUGCCAGAGGACAAGAAACCCUCCAAUGUCAAGGAAAGGUUUUGGAGCUUAAAGCUAAGCUGAGGGAGGCGGAGGAUGAAUUUGUGAAAGCAUUAUCAGUGAAGACCCGUAAAGAGGCUAAACGGAUGGCCUUGAUGGACUCUAUUGCUGCUAGGAAAGCUAAGGUUGAAGAACUUAAAAGAACUGUCCAAGAUCAAAGAACCAAGAGGGAUGAAUAUGCUGAACUUCUUUCUCAGCAAUCUUUAGAAUAUGAGGAAACAGGUAGCCAAAACAAUACAGAUGAAAUACAGGAAGCUAUUUCGUGGUACAAUAUGGUUCUUGGUUUCUAUAUUGAAGGUGGACAUGGUGUAAAAUUCACAUUUAAGAACAUUUCUUCAAAAAAUCCCGAUGAAGAAUUCUCCUUCACCAUUCGUCAUGCAGACAAUGCUUACACAUUGUUAGAUUGUGAUCUACAAUUAAAUGACAUCGAGGAGUUGAUUAAUGAGUUGAACAAAACCAAUGGUUUAUUCAAAUUCGUUAGAAGCAUGAGGCAGAAAUUUCGAGAAGCUGCAGCACAAGGAUUUUUUCCCCUGUCAACAAAUCUCUCUCAAGUCUCCUCCACAAUUUCUUUGUCUGCACCGGUUAUGUCAAUUUCAACUGACACAAGUGAAUCUCUGGCCAAGCAAUCUGAGAACCAAACUCAACAUGGAGAAGUUGAUAGACAUUACAAGAAGCUUAACAAUGGAAAUGCCAGUAAAGCAGCUGUUUUAUCUCCAGGAUCUGCAUCUUCUCUUCGUCGGUCUUCUCGUUUUAAGUCUAAAAAAUGAAGAUGGAGCAGAGGCUUCUGCAACACAUACUUUUGAAUAAAUGUGAAUCAUGUUCCCUAACUUUCUCAGCUAGUCAUAAUUUAUGACUCAAGAUGCUUGCCAGCUGACACAUAGGACAGGAAAGAAGUGAAACUGAUUGAAAGAGGUCAAUGGACUUUUGUAACUCCGCAAGACAUGACAGCAUCACCUUGUUGCGUGGUUGGCUUUGCUUGUGUGUACUUUUGUAUCAAAAUGAAGUAACAGCUAAUGGCAUGUAAUUACGGGUGAUAAUCCCAGAGAUGUAGAUUACUGAAUGUCGAUAUUGGAUUUUAUUUCUGGUACUUGUCUAGGGAUAAUAUCAAAUGCUGUAAUUGCAAAUAUUAUUUCUUUGCAGUUUUUAGUUUGUAUGAUGUGAUCAUGGUUUUGGCUUAUAAAUUUUUACUUUACCUUU